CCCGCGGGCGCCGCGCUGUGAGGAGGCGGCGGCGGUCACUGGCCGGCCACAGACCGGGCUCCUGGGUCCUCGCCCUGGCGCGGUCGCUGCUCAGAGCAGGUCUCGGUGACGCGCCCCGCCGGCGCCUUGUCACGGGCCGCGCUGCCGCCGGCGGGGCGGGGAAAAGGGGCGCGGCGGCGGCGGCGGCGGCGGGGCUGGCGAACCGGCCAGGCCUCCGCUCCAGGCUGGGCCAGGCGGGGACCCCCCCCCCCGCCUGCUGGCCUCUUCGCCAAGGGCUGGCCGGUGUUCCCGGUGUCUCCCGCGCCCCUCGGGGGCAGGCGCCCUGCCAGGGGCUGUGACGAGCUUACAGAGGCGCGACGAGAAGUUCCCGGAGUCCAUUAGACCUAUUCCUGCAGGUCCUCUGCAGCCAUUACCGUCAGCGUGGCCUUGACCCCCUCUGUAUGUGCCUGGAAACGUGCACCCAACCUAAAACCUGUCACAUGCAGCAUGUGACCUUCCGUGCCAUGUGAGAAAACUAAAGAAGUCAAGAAGAGACGGUCCAACCAGGCAGAUGUUCCUGAUCAGCUGCGUCAAGAAGUAGAAAGUUGCUAUCAGCUCAGGAUGCCUGAAGACUUUUAUCAGUUCUGGAAGUUCUGUGAGGAGCUGAAGCCUGACAAGCCAAGUGAAGCACUCAUAUCAAGUAUUGGCCUUCAGCUAGUUGGACCAUAUGAUAUUCUUGCUGGAAAACACAAAAAAACAAAAUCAGCAGAUCUGAACUUCAACCUUCACUGGAGGUUUUUUUAUGACCCUCCUGAAUUUCAGACUAUAAUUACCGGGGAUAGCAAAACUCAGUAUCACAUGGGAUAUUUCAGGGAUGUGCCAGACGAACUUCCAGCGUGGGUUGGUGCAAAUGAAGCAAAGAAAAGCUGUGUAAUUUCUCAAAUUGGUGACAAUGUAUUUGCUGCAGUCAAAUUGUUUUUGUCAAAAAAGCUUAAGGAAGUGACAGAUAAAAAGAAAAGUGGUAUUUUGAAAGACCUAGAUGAAAACCUUACAAGAACAGCAAAAGAAUUGGGUUAUUCGCUGGAACAGAAAACCAUGAAGAUGAAACAAAGAGAUAAGAAAUGCUUCAGAAUUGAUUCCUUGAGGACCUGCUCCAUGAUUUUUCCAGGAACUGAGGUAGUGACUAAGACAUUUCAUGGAGCAGGUCUGGUUGUGCCUGUAGAUAAAAAUGAUGUUGGAUACAGAGAGCUCCCUGAAACAAAUGCUAAUCUUAAAAGAAUUUGUAAGGCCAUUGUGGAUGCUCCUAGCGAUGACCAGAGGCUGAAAGCCUUUGCGCCCAUUCAGGAAAUGAUCACUUUUGUUCAGUUUGCUAAUGAUGAAUGUGAUUAUGGAAUGGGGUAUGAACUGGGAAUGGACCUCUUUUGCUAUGGGUCACAUUAUUUUCACAAGGUUGUUGGUCAGCUGUUACCACUUGCAUACAACCUGUUGAGGAGGAACCUCUUUGCUGAGAUUGUUGAAUCACAUUUAGCUAACAGAAGUGAAGAGAAUGUGGACCAACUAGCAGCAUGAUCUAAAGAGAAGAGGGCUUAAGUAUAACUAUUUCAAGUAUUAGUGAUGUUAAAUUUUGUUUUUUGGCAUUAAACUGAUGUAGGGUUUUUCAAUAGUAAUAUAAAUAAUGUUUGGGUGGGGUAAAUAAAACUUUUUUUAAAAUAAA